AUGUUUAGGUCCGUUUUCAACAAUUUUACAAAGGCAAUUAGAAGAAAUCACCCAUUUAUUAAGGCUUUUAAUAAACAAGCUUUUGUAGUUUCAAGUUUAUUAGGUGCUAGUUUAUAUCUUACUAACAACAAUAUUAAAUCAGCAAAAGCAUAAACUGAAUAAUAACCUUAGUCUCAAGGCGAAAAAAGCGAAGAAGGAUAAUUUAUUUAAUGGGUUGAAUUUUCUGAUGAAAAGUACGAAUAGGCUGUUAAGGAAGGUAAGAAUGUAAUCAUAUUUUUGGAACCUUCUCGUUUCAAAGAAAGUUUCGUUAAAGAAAUUGAGGCAUUUUUAGAAAAUGUAAAUGCAUUUUAACAUAUGGUAAAAGCUCGUCCUAUAGUUUUUAUGAGAGUUGAAUUUAGCGAAUAGAAUAGUCUUAAUUCUUUUAUGAAUAAGUAUAAGGUUGAUAUUGAAGAAGAAACUCUUUUCUUAUUCAAAAAUAGAUAUCUCGAUUUAAGUCCUUUUAGUUUUAAUGAAUACUUUGGUGAUAAAGACGCAAUUGUUAAGUAUUUUAGGGAAAUUAACUAAUUAAAUAAAUCAAAUGAAAGAGAAUUUAUCAACUCCCUUGAAUAUAUUACUUCAGAAACUACUUUGAUUGUUGCAUAUAUUCCUAAGGAUGAUCCUAAUUAUGAGCGUCUUCAUGAAAGAUUUGGGGCUUUAAGUCUCCUUAAAACUUACAGCGAAAAUAAAAAUCUACACUUUUUACUGUUAAAUGAUUAAGAAACUGCUAAAAAUAUUGGACUUAAUGACGUUAAAACAGGUGAUAUCCACUUAGUUGCUAGAAAGAGCAAAAUGUGUUACAAUUAGAGCACACAUGAUGUAAAUGGAGUUAAAUUAAAUAUUAGAAAGUAUGGUAAUUUAAAGGAUAAGAUGGUAAGUAUUAUUGAAAAAGCAAACAAAACUUAUAAUGAAAUGAAUGUUUUUACUGGUAGAUCAUUUGAUUUAGAUGCUCGUUACAGCUUAGUUUUAGAGUUAGAUGAAAAUCGUCUUUAAAAGCAAGAUAGAAAGAAAUUGAUUUAAUUAUUCAGCGAUUUCCAUAAGGUUCUGAGAGAAAAGGAACCUGAGUUAUACAAGAAUGUCCAAUUCGUUUAUGUAAAACGUGCAAACGAAGAUAAGAAAUGGAACAUAUACAUUCGUGAUGAUUACAGAUAUGGAUAGAAAAUUAAAUAGCACUCAGUUAAAACUAGAGAGGAAUUGGAAAGUUUAGACUUGAAGGAUGUUAAUGACAAACCUCACUCAUUUAUUUUUGAUUUCCCUGCUAAAACUACCACUCCUGAUGUUGUUAAUUUAACAGAAUGGGUAAGAACUGUCUAAAAUGGGACAGCUCAAGAAUCUUUUAAAAGCUAAAAGAAACCUUUCUAUAGAAAAUAUUCAAAGAAGUUAGUUGGAAAAUCUUUUGAAAAAGAAGUCUAAAACAAUGAAAGGGAUCAAGUAGUUUUCUUCUAUUCAAAGCACUGCCAUGCUUGCAAAUAAUAUGGAGCUCAUUAUGAAAACCUUGCUUUGGAAUAUUUAAGAAAUGAUCACUCUCACUUCCCAAAAGUUGAAUUUAACCGUAUGAAUUCUGAUAGAAACUCUCUCAAAACUGCACCAAAUUUCCCUUUCACUCCUGUGUUCAUGGUAUAUAAAAAAGAAGAUAAAACAAAUCCUAUUAUGUAUAGCAACACCAUAUUUACUCCUUAAGAGCUCCGUAUUUUUAUUGAAAACACAAUCUCUUACAAAAUAUUGGACGUAGAAAAGUUUAACUCACACAUUGAAACAGUUAAAAAAACAGACUUAUCUGGAAUUUUUGAGCCUGUAAAACACUGA